CGUCGACUCAUAACCUUCGAGAGAAAUGGAAGUUAGCGCACAAAUUAGCUGACGAAUUCUGGGCAAGAUGGUUGAAAGAGUACCUGCCAAGCUUACAGGAGAGGCAGAAAUGGCUGUUUCCCAGACGAAAUUUAACCAAAGGAGAUGUUGUCUUGAUGGUGAAGGAGGAUUGUCCACGAGGUGAAUGGCCUCUAGCAGUAGUUGAAGAAUCGUAUCCAGAUAAGAAUGGACAUGUUAGACAAGUGUUGAUUCGUGCAGCCAAUCAGACUCAAUAUCGACGUGAUGUUAGGAAAUUGUGUCUCCUGGAGAAAUCCGACUCGGAGUAA